AUGGACGCCGUCAACAAAGUCAUUGAGGCAGGCAAGAAGGCAAUCUGGGGCAAACAGAGCACCAACACAGCCAACAGCCAAACGACAGCGGGUAGCAGUCAGCCCACGACGUCCACAGGAAUGACCGGCAUUCAAUCCGUCGACAAGGUCGUCGAGGCAGGCAAGAAGGCAAUAUGGGGUGACAGCACAGAGCAACAGACGUCGCAUGGGGAGGAACCCGUGGCUGGUAAGAUGGGGUUGGGUACAGCGACAGAUCCAUAUGAUGCUGGAAACCGUGACGAACAAUACAACGCUCCCCCCGUUGAAGCCAGCGGUCUACCUACCUCCAUACCAGUCAGUGAACAACGAAAUAUCGAGACGACUGAAACCAGCUUGAACACCGCCAACAAGGGCACCGGCUCCGGCAUUGCUGUUACUGGCACAGCAGCAGCCACUCAAUACUUGAAGACGACCGUCACCGGGUUGAGGCCUGAUCCUGGCCCGCCUGGAAAUGCACCUGAUUCCAUUUCAAGGGCAAUUCCCGAUGGCGGGCCAGGUCAGACCUUGAAACAUACAUUUGAGCCGUUUGAGGAGGAGACUCAGAAACUUGUCAAAGACUUACAGGACAAGGUGGAUGAGGAAAAACCCAAAAUCCACACACAAGCCGGCGGAGUAGCCGUCAGCAGACCAAAUCAAGCCGUACACUCCAAAGAAGAUAAUCCCGUCUCUUCAUCCCCCGGGUCUUCAGCUGGUGAGGUCGAUAACCAGGGACAGGAACAGAAGAGCAAGACCAGUAAGUUGGAAAAGGUGAAGAACAAGCUACAUAUUGGCAAUCAUUCGCCAAAAGCGUCACGGUGA